UCGGCUUUAUAGAGGUUAUAAACUAGAUGUAAAUAUGGCAGCAGAGAGACAACGGAAACCCAGGUCAAGUCCUCCCCGCAGACAUUUGCAUUUCGGGACAUCAGCAGCAAGAAGUGAUGGAACAUGCACUAAAUUCGAUGGCUUUUAUCUUGAGAAUGUGUCCCUUUCUUUUAAGGGUAUUUUUCUCCCGAGAACUUAAUUAAAUAAAGUUGAAAGGCCAAUCUGAGACUAUUUUCUUUGGUGUCAUUGUCUCCUCAGUGUUAUUCCCUUCAAACAGCGUUUUACAAAUUAUUUACUCUCGGUAACACACAAUGUUCACUUUGUUGCCUAUUAUUUCUUACAAACAACCAAUCGAUUGAGGCCUGUGUAAUGUUAAAUAGGUUCGCUCUAAAUGCAGUAUAUGUAAUUCAGGACUGUGUAGCGUCUAGACCAGCUGUGAGCUUUUACAUGAAAUUAGAAGAAUUUGCUUGAUAUUUCAAGAGCAAUCACAUCAUUCCACACUGUGUAUGACCUAUUUAGUUUUAAAUGAAUGUUGCUUUCUUUACUAUUAGAUGGAUUUAUUGGUUUUUAUUCUGUGUGACCAACUUGGACUUGUUCUUAACAAAUUAGUUAACAGACUUAAGUGAUUUCACAAAAAUAUAAGACACAACUGGGUGCAUUACCAUUUAUUGGUAUUAUGUUUUUCUUUCUUUAUUUGGACAUCUGUUUGUUUAAAGGUUUAAGUUUUUGUUUUCUGCACGCCGUCAGGUAUCAAUCUUCUAACAGCACUUUUAACUCGUACCAACCUGGAAGUUUUCUUUUUGUUGACCACAUUUUAGUCUUAAACAAUUUGCCCAGCAAUUCUAAGUAAUCAGUAGUUUGUUUUAAUUCAUAAGAUAAUUUAGAAUUUCAGCCUGCUAGUUUUAAAUCAUCUCUGUGUUUAUCUGACAUAGCUUCAAAUCAGUUCCAUUAUUAUUGACGGCCAUGUUGGUGUCACUGUCCUGCUUGCGUUUUAUAAUUUCCCCCUUCCAUUUUUUUUUCUGCAAAUUUAGGUCUCCUGCUUAUGGGGAUGGCAGGGAGCCCCGUCCCCACUCUCGAUCCCCAGUUCACAGACGGGACUCUCGAGAACGUCGAGACAGCAGAGACGUGAGGGAUCGCGGUCGAGAACCUCGGGCUGGAGCUCCACGGGCCCCUGUUGAUGCACGUUUCAGAGGUGCAGAUGGAAGAGAUAAAGACCCACGAGAUGCUACUUACAGAAGUGAUGGCUAUGAUCGUGGUUAUCGCGGUGAACAUGAACCCUAUCUAAGAGGAAACCCUAAAAAAGAGGAACAGUACCCAGAACGCUUUAGGGAGCCAUUGACUGGAAGAAGAGAACCAGAAGGUGAGCGGAUACCACCGGAGGAGCAGAGGAGAAAUGAGCUGUACCGCCAGUACUAUGAAGAGCUGCAGAGACGAUAUGACGCUGAAAGACCUGUGGACUGCUCUGUCGUUGUGGUCAACAAGCUACAGAAAGAAUAUGCAGAAACAGUGGGCAGGAAGGUGCGAGAUCUGGGCAUGGUGGUGGACCUUAUCUUUCUCAACACAGAGAUGUCUUUAACUCAGGCUUUGGAGGAUCUGAGCCGGGCUCACACGCCCUUCGCCGUAGUCAUUACCCAGCAGCAUGAAGUACAUCGCUCCUGCACAGUAAACAUCCUUUUUGGCACGGCACAAGAACACAGGAACAUGCCCAUAGAGGAUGCCAUGCUCCUUGUGGCUCACAACUACGACUCCUUCAAGGUGGAAAACCGGGCCAAAGAGCGAGAUGAGAUCUCUAGAAAAGCUGCCAAGAUGGCUGAUGAUGUUUUGAUAAGGGAGCUAGACAGAGAAGAUCAUCCAGUCUCCUUACUAACUGUCGUUACUUUGCUUUCCGAGGGGAGGUUGUUAACUCAUCAAGAGUUAACAGGGCUUAUUAACUACCUGCAAGACAAGCGAGAUCGUCUGGUCCGAGGCAGCACAGACUCCCGUCUUGGGCCACGUUCAUCCUCUGCAUCAACAGCUCUUGUUCAACCCACUCAAGCCCUCACUUCUACACACUCCAUCAACACUUCCCACCUUUUGCCAGACUCCACACCCACCACCAAUCAACAGCAGGAACUCCAGGCUAAAAUACUAAGUUUGUUUAACAGUGGCACAGGUUCCUCAAUGACUCAGAGUUUAACGUCUGCCCCACAGUCUCAGGGCUAUGGAUCCACACAGACUACUAGCCUCCCAGGCUCCUCUCUAUCCAACUCGAUCUUGCCCACUCAUGAUUCUCAGAGCCUGAUGAAUUCCCAAGUGGGCGGUCAAGCCACUGGAAAUCGAAUGUCUGCACCACAGGGUCCUCGGAGAGCUUCUGGAAAUAACUUUGACCACCCCAGCUUGCAAAAAGCCAUUGACACGCUCAUCCAGAGUGGCCCGGCAAUUAGUCAACUUGUCAACUCGACUAGUCAACGAGUGGGUCAGGGGAUGAGCCAGAGUAUGGGUCAGGGAAUGAAUCAGGGAAUGGGGCAUGGGAUGAACCAGGGCAUGGGUCAAGGAAUGAGUCAGGGCAUGAACCAGGGGAGGGGUCAGGGAAUGGGACAGGGGGCAGGGCAGGGAAUGAGCCAGGGGAUGGGACAAGGAGCCGGGCAGGGAAUGAACCAAGGGAGGGGGCAAGGUUUUAGUCAAGGAAUGGGACAUGGAUUGGGGCAGGGAAUGGGUCAAGGCUAUAGUCAGGGUUUGGGUCAAGGAAUGGGCCAAACAUCCCAAUACCCUCGUCAUUAUUGAAGAGUUAAUACUAAUUAUAGUUUAACUUCUUACACACGGUUUUCCCCUCAUUUGUAAAUGUUUUAGGUUUUGUUUUUACUUUGCAUAUGUAAUGUCGUUUAUUUCCUGGACCUCCUCAAAGAUGGUUACUUAGUUUUUUUCACACUAUAAUGUUGGAUAUAAAUUGUUUAAUGGAUCUGUGAUGAUUGUUUUGAAUAGUUCUCUGAAGAUACUUCAUAAAAAAAAAUUGCCAUUUGUACAUACUGAAUCAUGAUUCAAUAAACACAU